UCUCUGCAUUCAUGCCAAACCUUCCAGCGUUAUUCCCCAGACUGAUUUCCCGUGACCGACCCUGCUUGUUUGGACUUCUCCGCCUUACCUCUGCCCCGGUAAACGACUCAGCCUUCCGUCCCCGACCACGAGAUUCCUGCCUUGCCUUUGCCCCAAUUAGCCGCCUUAGCCUUCUGUCCCCGACCACGAGUUUAGCGUCCGCUUCCUCUGGUUUCCAUCUGCCUGUUUCCCUGACAGCUUGGCACUCUCCUGAUAGGAAUUCACAACUGUGUCCGGACAAGGAGCCAGGACUGCAGCCAUGGAUGCCGGGACACAGUGAAGACCACCGUGUUACAAUCGGUUAUGGCAGGAAGGUCCUCCUCACAACUUCAGCUACGGUCCACUCCAUUGAGAUUCUCAAUGGAGGAAAGCUGGUGAUUGCUGACACCAACCGGGCCAUACUGCUACGAACAAAACACAUUCUGAUUGGGAACAAGGGGGAACUGCACAUUGGAAGCUCAGCCUGUCCUUAUAAAGGCAACCUCACCAUCUCCCUUUUUGGAAGAUUGGAUGACAGUGACAAUGAACACAGCUACUUUGGGAGGAAAUACUUGGGCGUGGGGACAGGAGGGACACUAGAAAUCCACGGAGAAAAGAAGCUGUCAUGGACCUUCCUCAACAAGACCCUCCACCCCGGAGAGAGCAACCAGAACAACUACCUGUUCCAGAGAAGCUGGGGGAGCCGAGGCAUCAUUAUCCACGUCAUUGACCCCAAGACCGGAGAGGUGCUGCACAAUGACAGGUUUGACACAUACCGUAGUAAGGAUGAGAGUCGUCGCCUUGCAAAGUAUGUGGAUGGUGUGGAGGCUGGGCUCAUACUGGCCAUGGUGGUCAAUGAUGAGGGCUCCAACAACUUGGAGGACUUGGCCAAGAAGAGCCUCUCCAGGCUGGGCAGCCAGCACAUCAGCACUCUGGGAUUUCGGCAUCCCUGGACCUUUAUAGUAACAAAAGGACAUGCAUCUUCUGCAGUGGAGGGUCAUGCUGUCUAUCAAGGGACCAAGGCCUCCUCAGAGGCCCGGAGCUCCUGUAUUUUUCAGUCGACCGAUGGGGAGCGUUUCACCAUCAGCUCCAGCAGCCAAUGGGUGCAAGAGGCAGAGUGGACUGAAUGGUUUGACAGGGACGAUGAGAGGGGAUCUGGAGACUGGGAGAAAGUGUCUGACCUGCACGAGGCCUACCCAGACAGACUGUGUAGCAGUCCACUCGACAUCCAGGCUGAAACCCAAGAUGGCAUACCAGCCAACCAGACAGGAGAUGUGAUCCACAAGAAUGAUAAGGACUAUGGCUUUGUCUGCCUCAACAAGGACCAGGCUCACGGCCUCUGUCACAACUACAGGGUUCGCUUCCUCUGUGGAAAACUGGUUCGUCCACAGGCCUCCAUUUCCAUCGACAUGUUGUCCAACAGCAGCAUCCUUGAGCUGGCUGACCAACCAGAGGGCUGGAAGUCCGGGGAUCGGGUAGUCGUGGCCAGUACCGAUUACUCCAUGCACCAGGCUGAAGAGUUCACCCUGUUGCCCUGCCCUACCUGCACAUCCAACCAGGUCAAGAUCCAAGAUAAGGCCCAGUUCAUCCACAUGGGUGAGGAAGUGGACGGGGUGGACAUGAGGGCGGAGGUGGGCCUGCUGAGCCGGAACAUCCUGCUCCGUGGUGAGAUGGAGCCCGGCUGCUAUGGCAACGAGGCCUGCAAAUUCUUCGAUUUUGACACUUUUGGCGGACAUUUGAAGGUGGAGCGGGGAUUCAGGGCAGUUCAUAUAUCCGGGCUGGAGCUGGAGCACAUGGGCCAGCAGACAAUGGGACACUACCCGGUCCAUUUCCAUAUGAACGGAGACGUGGACGAGAAGGGAGGUUAUGACCCCCCGACUUCUGUCAGUGACCUCUCCAUCCACCACUCCUUCUCCCGCUGCCUUACCAUCCACAGCUCAAGCGGACUGCUGGUGAAGGACGUGGUUGGCUAUGAAACACUAGGCCACUGUUUCUUCACGGAGGAUGGUCCAGAAGAGAGGAACACGUUUGACCACUGUUUGGGUCUGAUGGUGCGAGCCGGGACUCUGCUGCCUUCAGACAGAGAUGGCAAAAUGUGCCGUGACAUCACUGAAGGAGCCUUCCCAGGAUAUGUGGCCAACCCACGGCAGGACUGCAGUGCCACUUCCACUUUCUGGAUCGCCAACCCCAAUAACAACCUCAUCAACUGUGCUGCUGCAGGCUCAGAGGAAACAGGUUUCUGGUUCAUCUUCCACCACGUGCCCACCGGGCCCUCAGAGGGGCUGUACUCCCCCGGACACACGGAACACACACCUAUGGGCCAAUUCACCAACAACAGAGCCCAUUCCAACUACAGGGCUGGAAUGAUCCUUGAUAAUGGGGUAAAGACCACCCAGGCAAACGACAAGGACAAGAGACCCUUCCUGUCUCUGAUUGGAGCCAGGUAUGGCCCCCACCAGGAUGCUGAUCCCUUCAAACCCAGAGUCCCUGCUCUAAUCCACCAUUUUGUGGCCUAUAAGAACCAGGACCACGGAGCCUGGCUGAGAGGAGGGGAUGUCUGGCUGGAUGACUGCCAAUUUGCUGAUAAUGGUAUUGGCCUCACUUUGGCGAGUGGAGGGACCUUUCCAGAUGAUGACGGCUCUCGUCAGCAGGUGAAAAACUCGCUGUUUGUGGGUGAAAGUGACAAUCGUGGGAUGCCCCUCCCUGAUAACAGGAUCUGGGGCCCCGGGGGUUCUGACCUCACUGGCAGAACCCUGCCUCGAGGCAUUGACUUUCCUAUCCGAGGCAUGCAGAUCUACGAUGGGCCCAUCAACAUGCAGAAUUGUACAUUCCGGAAAUACACAGCGCUGGAUGGACGGCACACCAGUGCCUUUGGCUUCAGACUCAACAACUCGUGGCAGAGCUGCCCCAACAAUAACGUCACUAAUAUCAUCUUUGACCAUGUACCUAUCACGUCUCGGGUGUUUUUUGGGGAGCCGGGUCCCUGGUUUAAUAAGAUGCAGAUGGACGGGGACAAGACGACCAUCUUCCACGAUAUCGAUGGCUCGGUCAGCGAGUAUCCCGGAGCCUUCCUGGUGAAGGAGGACAACUGGUUACUCCGUCACCCCGACUGCAUUGACGUACCCGACUGGAAGGCUGCCAUCUGCAGCGGCCACUACGCACAGAUCUACGUCCAGACACGUAACCCUGCCAACCUGAACAUGCUGAUGGUGAGGGAUGAGUACCCUGAUCGGCCCCUGACACUGGAGGGCGCACUGGGGAAGAAGAAGCACUACCAGCAGUUCCAGCCGGUGAUCACACUGGCCAAAGGCUACACCAUCCACUGGGACCAGGCAGCGCCCGCUGAGGUCAUCAUCUGGCUCAUCAACUUCAACAAAAAUGACUGGAUCAACGUGGGCCUCUGCUACCCACAAGGCACCACCUUCACCGUCAUCUCCGAUAUCCACAACCGCCUGACCAAGCAGACCCGCAAGACCGGCGUCUUCAUGAGGACAGCGCAAAGGGACAAGAUCAACCACUCCCACCUGGCCAGAGGAUACUACUACUGGGAGGAGGACACUGGCCUGCUCUUCUUGAAGGUCAAGGCCCAUAACGACAGGGAACAGUUUGCCUUCUGCUCUGUCAAGGGCUGUGAGAGGGUGAAGAUCACAGCCGUCAUCCCUAAAGGCAGUCUACCCAGCAACUGCAUGGCCCAGGCCUACCCCAAACACGCUGAGCUGCCUGUUGUGGAUGUACCCAUGCCCAGAAAGAUACCUAAUGUCAGGCUGAACUCACCAGAACACUUCUUGGAGGUCAAACUGGAGUCCUACAACACUCGAUUUUUCCACAUCAAAGAAGACUUUGCUUUUACUGAGGUGAACAGCAGGAAGUUGUACCAGCCAGAAGAUGGGGUGCAACUGACAGUUAUUGAUGGACAUGAUGGGAAGGUGGUAGAGAACAAAGGCUUCAGGAACUCCAUCUUACAGGGCAUCCCGGCACAGAUAGACAACUACGUCACUGGACUGAGAGACGGUUCAAUCGUCCUCCUUACAUCUAAGGGCCGUCUGGUUACCAGAGGAACCUGGACUAAAGUCUUGGAAAGACUUGGAGCAGACAAAAGUAUCAAAUUGAAAGAUAAGCUGGCAUUUGUGGGCUUCAAGGGCUCCUUCCACCCUGACUGGAUCCAUAUGGAGGUGGACGCCAAUCGAGCCAAGAUCCAUCAGGUCUUGCCUAUCCCUGUGGUCCACAAGAUGAAGCUAUGAAAGGCAGGCAGAGUGGGGAGGACAGCAAAGAGACUAUGAAGCCCCCAGAUACUAACAUUCGUUGCCAAUCCCCCAAAACAAUGCACAGACACGCACUUACACAUGCACGUACACACUGCCAGCACCGCAGGCAGUUGCUCCAUGCCAUUGUAAAGGAUCAGUGGUGUUUUUUCUAGAUUUGGCAAUGAGAAAGAAUUAUGUGAUUUGGUGUGUCGAAAAGGGGAAGACCCCUCUCCCAGAGCCAGCACUGCCCCCCCCAUGAAUUGUAUCUGUGUUAGCAAGCCCAUCAAUUGAGGACUUUACGAUGACAAAACACCCUCUGCGGGCUAUAUUUGAGGUCAUUAUCUCUGAGGCAACAGUGGCUCCGAACAGCCAUGGGUGUUUGCAGAAACCUGGUUGUCUCCACAGACAUCAAUAGACAUAACUGAUUUCUGACUGAACACUAUCAUUGUGUCACUGACAUAAUUGUUUACAUAACGUUAGCUUGUCACCUAAAGUAACCAUUGGAUUUGGUCAGAUAACAUGAAAACCUCAGUUUCUUGCUUCAGCUAACAUGGACAUUAACUUAGUUUCAUGUUAACAUUAACGAUGGCCUGUUGGUUAUUUGGUUGGCUUGUUAGUUCUCUGACAUAACCAAAAAUCCGAACUCACUCCUCUCUUGCAACACCAAGCUUUGGCAUAGAAACUGGGGCUAAAGACAGUUCAGCCUUUUAACAUUUUGUUCAUAUUCUGCCCUCUAGCAGACUUCACUAUUGUAUCUGUGUAAAAGGCAAAUGAACAGUCACAUGAGAAGGCAGAGUGAAAACAUUGCAGUUAUUGAGUGCAAGAUAUGGGUAAAGAAUGAAAAAGAGAGUCUACACCUCUCCACUCACCUGUCAAAUCAAUGGUUGAUGUGGGCUUGAUUGAAUUGAAUUUGGGGAAAGUUACAAAGAUCAAAUAAGCACUUCAUUUGAAGUCUUCUGACUAUAUCAGAUGACACUGUUAUACAAUGCUGUUAGUCAGUGCUGUGAGAGGAUACUGGGAGACUAUGCUGACGUCUGACGGCAUCCUCUAAAAAAAACAUGAUGCCACCCAGAUUGUUAUAAUUAACAAAUCUGCAAAAUAUUUAGUGCCAAUGCUUUUCAGUUGGAUAGUUAUCAUAAGGGGAAGAUUGCGGUCAUGGAUGGAUCACUGAGCUGGCAUAUCAGGUACAGGCCCAGGGUCCAAAGGGGUCAUGGGCCCGCAUAACAGUGAGGAAGACUCAGAUAACUGCUAAGAACGACUUCACUGAGUUGAUUUUGAGUCUCUGAUAGUUCUGGUUCAUCAGAGACACGAAACAGGUACAAAUAAUGCAGCCAUUUGUCAUUUGUAGUUGUUUGUAUCUUUUUCAGUCUGGGAGUCUUUCUCUUAUGUAGGAGGGGUGAAGACCUUCGACAUGUCUGUGUCCAGGGACAUAGGGUUCUUAUAAUCUGUCCAAGGUCAUGGUCAAUGGUGAAUUGGUUUUUCUAGCAUGAAAGUUAAGUCUUUUAGUUAAAAAGUAGUCUCAGUCCAAGCUGUUUCAGUCCCGCUUGGUCCCGACCAUCUAACAGGUUACACACCAGUCAAAAAAACUGAACUAAAAGGCAAAUGCAAAAGAGUUUGGUUAAAGUAUGCGCCUUCCUUCUAUGGAUGUUUAUUCAUUCACACUUCUUGCAUUGGCACAGAUCACUGGGAGGAAACAUAAGUGCUAUUACAAAGAGUUGUGUAUGAUUGCGGUUUGUAGAAGACUUGAUUUGCCAAAUUGUUUUUCUCCCAUAACCUAUGUUGUGAAAAAAUAAGAAUCCCCUUUACAUUGAUCAUUUAACAACACGCAUUUCCAAGAGUUUCUUUUUCCAGUCUGUUUGAUGUUUACUACUGGCUAAUUCUCCAAUGGCUCAUCAGCUACGGUUGCAAGGUGAUUUAUGAUGCAAAGCCUGUAUAUGAGAACAGAGGGAGCAAAUUCUAAGAAAGUGUGAGCUAGCUAAUCAAACGCAUGUUUUAUGUAUGUGCAUCACCGAGCAUCCUUCCCAUGCAGGUCUUUGUGGUAUGUGACCAAUGUAGAAGUUGAGUGGUUUCUUCACUUGGUUAUAUGCCUGCUUUGUUUGACUAAACAGUUUGAAGAGAGAAUAGAGAAGAAGAAACAAACAAAAAGAGAAACAUUAUUUGUUUUGCAUCCAGACCAGUGGUUGUUAACGCUCACUUGAUAUUGUGAUGUUUUCCUCCCACGUUUCUUUUCCUGUCAG